AUGAACAAAAACGGAGAUUUCACUCAACAGAAAACAGCUGGAAUUGGCAAUGAUGAAGUUGAUGGCAACAAUAUAUGUAGUUUCAGAAAGAAAAAGGGAAUCAAAAGUACCACAAAGCAGUCUCCUCUAUUAGAAAAUGAGAAGAUUGAGCCAUCUCUCACCUCAAAAAUCCCAGAUUGUCAUCCUCUUCAAGGAACCACUGUUAUUUCAGAACCACCACUGCAUCAUUCUCUUCAAAACCUGACUAAUUUUCCUUUGGUAGAAAACCACAGAGGGGACAGAGGCAGUUCCCAUUUUGGCAGCAACGUGAAAGAAGACAUGUCUGGGGAAAUAUAUGACAUCCCAGAAAAUGCUGACAGUGGGAAAAUAGCAAUAGAAAAAAUGCAGGAGGGGACAGAAACGUCAGGUACAACAAAGCUGUCCAUGGCUGUACAAUCCACCAGCAAUACAGAGAAAGUUGAAUGCACAGAGACAGUGUGUGAAGAAGAGGACAGUGAGAAGACAGAGCAUAAACAAGAGGUCUGGAGCAGGACGGAUGAAGAAAACAGCAAGUUUCAUAUGACAAAGAUGGGUUCCCUGGAGAGCACUGCAACCACACGAGGGAGUGACACUGCAGUAUCUUUCGCACCUGGCAUUUCUAAACAAACUCUACAAGAGCUAAAAAAACUUCUGAGUGAAGGCCCUCCGCCUGCCCAUGGGCCAAAUUACAGAGGCGGGUCAAGUGGCUCUGUUGGUCAACAAAACUUGAAGCCCAUGGAGAAAAGAGCUGAAAAACCAGGCAGGCCAUUUGAGAUGCUUAGUCUCCAUUUUGGAAAAGAGAAUCAGAAGUACCACAAUUUUUGCAAGGAGGAAGCAGGGCAGCAGAGCAAACCUCUGCUGGUCCUCAGCUCUGCAGGUUCUGACCAGCCACAACCAGCAGGAGGCGAGGUGGAUCAGCCAUUCCUGAAACAACCAGAAACUUCCAUGAGUGCCGAAAGUUCUGCUCCUGAGAUUCUGUUUGACUCUUCUGCAGGCAACUCUGCAUCCAGCAGAGAACCUGAUAUAAACGGCCUCGGAAUUCCAAGCCUCCUUCACCUGUUCUCUCACAUUGAAUUUAUUAAGCAGCAGAUGGCCAGGGACAGCAUACAAUUUGUCAGAUUUGAAUCAAUAGACCUCCAUGGUGUGUCAAGAUCAAAGAAUGUUCCUUCUCGCUUUUUUCAUGAAAAAGCAAUUCAUGGUGUUGCCAUGCCCAGAAGCUAUCUUGAACUGACCCUGAAUCCUAAGGAUAAUGAAAUAGAUUAUAUAAAUGCAACCAAUUUUAAUUGUGACAUAAUCCUGAACCCUGAUUUAUCAACAUUUCGAAUUCUACCCUGGACCGAACAGACAGCUAGAGUGAUAUGUGAUUCCUUCACUGUGCUGGGCAACCCUCUAAUGACCUCACCUAGGCACAUUGCCAAGAAGCAGCUGAGAGAGCUUCAGGACAACGGCUUCUCUCUACACUCUGCCUUCACUUAUGAAUUUUGUAUUUAUGGCAUUACUGAGGUUGUAAAUUCAAAGACAAUAUCCUUUCCUGCAGCAACGAUACUAAAUAACCAUGACCAGACAUUCAUUCAGGAGCUCAUUGAAGGAAUGUAUUGUACUGGGGCCAACAUUGAAAGCUUUUCUUCUUCUAGUGGGCCUGGACAAAUGGAGAUCACUUUUCAUCCAGCAUUUGGCAUAGAUGCUGCUGACAGUGCCUUCACAUUUAGAACAGGCAUUAAAGAGGUGGCUAAGAAGUAUAGCUACAUAGCUAGCUUUUUCUCAGAAUCAGGAUUCUAUAAUUCAGGUGCUCUCUCACAUAGUCUGUGGGACCUGAAUGGGCAGAAGAAUUUGUUUUCUGCUGGUUAUGGAGCUGAGGAGCUCACAGAUAUUGGAAAAAAUUGGCUAUCUGGUCUCUUGGCACACUCAGCAGCUAUUAGCUGCUUGAUGGCUCCUACCACCAGCUGCCGUAAGCCUUAUUCCAAAUACAGCAAAGAAUCAAAAGAGACUGUAAGUGCAAAAUGGGCAUAUAAUGAUAACAGCUGUGCCUUUAAUGUCAAAUGUCAUGGUGGAAAAGGCACUCGCAUUGAGAAUAAAUUAAGUUCUGCUACAGCAAACCCCUACUUGGUACUUGCGGCUACUAUUGCUGCAGGUCUAGAUGGAGUAAAGAGGGGACUUAGGUAUGAUGAUACAUCCCUGGAAGAAAACCACAUAUCUGGUCUGAAACCUUCAUCCGUCCCUCUGAAGCUAGAAGAUGCUCUUGUGGCACUUGAAAAAGAUUCAUGCAUUAAGGAAGCAUUAGGUGAAACUUUCAUCAAUUAUUUCAUUGCCAUGAAACAUUAUGAAUUAGAAACUGAAGAAAUGGAUAGUGAAAGGAAUAAAUGCCUGGGGUAUUUUAUUUAGAGGAAGCACACUUCUGUACUGAUGCUGUGUAAACGCAUAUACUGUAGACAAAUAUCUUGAAAUUAGUAAAUAUAUUUUAAAAUGUUUUCAUGCUUUAUUUAUUGCAUUUCCUUCUUUGAAGAGUAAAUGGCAAUUUCAUUUUAUAGUCUGUACAUUCUGCAAAGUAGAAAACUGAUACUGAUGAAAAGAUAUUGACAGGCUUUUAGAAUACUAGUUUUCAUUUUAAGUGAACAGGCCUGCUGGUAGAAAGAAGAAAAGAGAAGGUGAAAUGGAAAAGAGCUUCUAUUUUGCUGCACAAAAAGCUCUUCAGGGGCUCUGUGAACAUAUUUAUUUACCAAGUCCUUUCUUCUAUUUCUGGUUGUUUCUCAUUCUUCACAAGAUCUUGGCAGAAAAAACUCAAAAAUACUUUCUUUGAUCAUGUUUUCUUACCUUUCUUCUUGUUUAGUCCCAACAGUUGCACAGUUCAAUAGCUAUUCCUUCUUCUUCAUCUUGGCAAGAUGUGUUGAUGACCAUCACUGCAUGAAUCUUAUAUAUUAAAAGGAUAAGAUUUUUACAUUAAAGCAGGCACACCGGCUAAACAAAGCUGCACCAGAAAUUGCUAUGGACAUGUGUUAAACUUCUGUAAAUGUAAUAAUCUUAACAAGUUUGAAGUUUGUAUAGAAGCUGAUCCGGAUAUAGAAGCACAUUCCCACACAGGAGUUUGCAAAAUCAGAUUUCUGAUCUAUAUAUAUUUCAUAUUAUUUUUUCUAUAAAAUAAAGCAGAUUAAAUAAAACAUAAGUGAUCUUGCCUUUCCCAGAGAGAUCCAGAAAUACCAUGUAAAACUGAGAGAAGUUCUUUCAGUUAUUUUGUGACUUAGAUACCUAAAUCAGUCACAAUACUAUUUGAAAUAGAAAAUUGACUAGUUUCCUAAAAAUAGAAUUUUUCAAUGUAACAAAAAUAAGGUAAUUCCAACUCUGUGGGCUAGCAUCAAGAAUAUUUCUUUCAAAAUAAACAGUUAUGACUUUU